CAGGAUUUACAUGAAACAGGCGUGCGGGAGCCCAUUGUUGGCCCCCGGCCUCCCAGACCCGCCCGGCCGGGUCUGAUAUGGCCGCUCUCGGCCAAUGGGCGGCUACCCGGCACUUCAAAGCGUGCGCGGCCCAAUCCGCCGAGCCCCCCCAUCGCUGCCGCCGCGACUCUAUUUAUGGGGAGGGCACUGAAUUUCGGUCCCCAGAGACCUACUGUAGUAGAGCCUUGGGGAGUUCAAGUGGAAUAACCUCUCCCCACCCCUCUGCCCCUGUCCCCUCCCCCAACGUCUUGGUCCGCGCCCUCCUCCCGGGUCUGUGUUGGGACCCGGGAGCCGUCACAGGUCUCCGCCCGAGGGGCCCCUUUUCUCGGAAGGGCGGCAGCCAAGAAGGGGGAAGGUGGCUUUCAGGUAGAGAGUCUGGGCUUCGGGGACGGCGGGGAGGGGAGCCGGACAGGAGGAUGAACUCCCCCGACACCGAGAGCGCGGGAAAGAGCCUGCAGUACCGAGUGGACCACCUGCUGAACGCCGUGGAGAGCGAGCUGCAGGCGGGCAGCGAGAAGGGCGACCCCACGGAGCGCGAACUGCGCGUGGGCCUGGAGGAGAGCGAGCUGUGGCUGCGCUUCAAGGAGCUCACCAACGAGAUGAUCGUGACCAAGAAUGGCAGGCGGAUGUUCCCGGUGCUGAAGGUGAACGUGUCUGGCCUGGACCCCAACGCCAUGUACUCCUUCCUGCUGGACUUCGUGGCGGCCGACAACCACCGCUGGAAGUACGUGAACGGGGAGUGGGUGCCCGGGGGCAAGCCGGAGCCGCAGGCGCCCAGCUGCGUCUACAUCCACCCCGACUCGCCCAACUUUGGAGCCCACUGGAUGAAGGCUCCCGUCUCCUUCAGCAAAGUCAAGCUCACCAACAAGCUCAACGGAGGGGGCCAGAUCAUGCUGAACUCCUUGCAUAAGUAUGAGCCUCGAAUUCACAUAGUGAGAGUCGGGGGUCCACAGCGCAUGAUCACCAGCCAUUGCUUCCCUGAGACCCAGUUCAUAGCGGUGACUGCUUAUCAGAACGAGGAGAUCACAGCUCUUAAAAUUAAGUACAAUCCAUUUGCAAAAGCUUUCCUUGAUGCAAAGGAAAGAAGUGAUCACAAAGAGAUGAUGGAGGAAACCGGAGACAGCCAGCAACCUGGGUACUCCCAAUUAGGGGGCUGGCUUCUUCCUGGAACCAGCACCCUGUGUCCACCUACAAAUCCUCAUCCUCAGUUCGGAGGUGCCCUCUCCCUCCCCUCCACGCACAGCUGUGACAGGUACCCAGCCCUGAGGAGCCAUCGGUCCUCACCCUACCCCAGCCCCUAUGCUCAUCGGAACAAUUCUCCAACCUAUUCUGACAACUCACCUGCAUGUUUAUCCGUGCUGCAAUCCCAUGACAAUUGGUCCAGCCUCGGAAUGCCUGCCCAUCCCAGCAUGCUCCCCGUGAGCCACAAUGCCAGCCCACCUACCAGCUCCAGUCAGUACCCCAGCCUGUGGUCUGUGAGCAACGGUGCCGUCACCCCAGGGUCCCAGACAGCAGCCAUGUCCAACGGGCUGGGGGCCCAGUUCUUCCGGGGCUCCCCCGCGCACUACGCACCCCUCACCCAUCCGGUCUCAGCACCCUCUUCCUCGGGAUCCCCACUGUACGAAGGGGCGGCCGCGGCCACAGACAUCGUGGACAGCCAGUACGACGCUGCAGCCCAAGGCCGCCUCAUAGCCUCAUGGACACCUGUGUCGCCACCUUCCAUGUGAAGCAGCAAGGCCCAGGUCCCGAAAGAUGCAGUGACUUUUUGUCGUGGCAGCCAGUGGUGACUGGAUUGACCUACUAGGUACCCAGUGGCAGUCUCAUGGGUUAAGGAAGGAAAUGCAGCCUCAGUAACUUCCUUUUCAAAGCAGAGGAGAAGCACACGCCGCGCCUUUCCCCAGAGCCCCAGCACCCCUUGCUCACACCUGCAGUAGCGGUGCUGUCCCAAGUGGCUUACAGAUGAAUCCACCUAUGGAGAUACUGCAGUCGGCCCAACCUGAUUCACAGUGAAAAGAUGUUUGCCAGGGUCCAGAGACUUUUUCUGGUUUAUUUCUCAUACGGUGUAUUGGCAACUUUGGCACACCAGAAUUUGUAAACUCCACCUGUCCUACUUUAGUGAGAUAAAAAGCACACUCUUAAUCUUCUUCCUUGUUGCUUUCAAGUAGUUAGAGUUGAGCUGUCAAGGACAGAAUAAAAUCAUAGUUGAAGACAGCAGGUUUUAGUUGAAUUGAAAAUGUGACUUCUCUGCCCGCUAGAAUGUGUGUAUUUGGAGCACAUGUAGCUAAUCUCUUGUGUUGUUAAACUAUAACUGUUUCAUACUUUUCUCAAAGUAGACAAAGACAAUCAGCAGAAAGCAUUUUCUGCCAAAUAAAUGCAAUAUGCAAAA